UGCAGCCUUCGCAUUGUUCUAUGUGGCAACUUUGUUACUACUUUCGACCAAGGAGUGAUCUAUGUAACAACAUUUGCUGGAUACCUUUGUUCCGUUUUGUAGCUCGGUCAUAAAGUAACCGUCAUCUUUCGGCACUGGAGCACCGGCUGCUAGCCACCGCAAGUUACGCUAGGAAGGUUAGUAUCAGCAGUCAAUUUAAGGGGAUUUAAAUCGCGAUGGUAACGUUAAUUUGUGACAAACUCAUCCGUUAGAUCGACGUAUAGGCAAAUUAUGCUGUCCGCACCUAUACAUUUGUAACUGCAUUUUGUACAUUCUGACUUGGGUUGCGUUAUUGUAAAAUUGACAGAAAAUAAAUGCCAUAGCAUAGCUACUUAUUUUGACCAGAGACUACAUAUUGCAAGCAAGUUUACGUAAGCCAGCUGACACUGCUUGUCACUGUUGUGAAGGCGAGAAUACACAUCCCUUUUUGUGUUCUGUGUUCUCUUUUGUUUGCUGCCUUGUUUGACAAACAUCAGUUAGCAAAUACUUGUACAUACAAGUUCCAGAUAUUGUUUAAGACUUUGGUUAUGAGUAGAAUGGCAAUAGCUACAAAAGUAAUCAAGUCAUUUAUCAAAUUGGUCUAUUUGCUUUGUUUGAAUAAACAUGAUCUAUUCAUGUUCAUUAAGCCUGGCAUCAUACUCUUCUUUGGGUUGCUAAAGUUUGACAGCCAGCCUAUUGUCGUCAGUUGACACUGACAGUGCACUCCUUAGCUAGUUUGAUGAUGGCUCACUGUCGUUGCAGUUCGCACUAACCUCCUGUAACCCCUUUCUGCUGUCCUUUCUUGCCUGAAGCACAUGGCUCACUUGGAAAUGCUGAAUAGAGAACUCUUUCUCUCUUUUGGAAGAAAAAGUAUCAACACUUGAUCAUCUUAAGUUUACGGACGCUCGCCUUGUAUUUACUGACUUCUAUUUACUGACUUCUUUCUUUCUUUCUUUCUUUCUUUCUUUCUUUCUUUCUUUCUUUCUUUCUUUCUUCCUUCUAUUUACUGCCUCCCAUAGACUCAGUGAGAGGGGAACUGUAAGAGAGGGAGAGAAGAAGAGAUUGGUGUGAGAAGAGGAGAACCUCAGUAGGUCGAAGAGAAGAUUGGUGAGAGAAGAGUGUCCAGUAGUGUGGGCAGAGAUGGGAGAACCAGAGCCCCUUAAGUUUGUUUCACUGGAGGAGGAGGUGGACUACUGGAAGGAACAGGUGGCCAAGCACCAACAGAGGUACACACACACACACACACACACACACACACAAAAGAAGGAGCAGUCUGCCAGGCCCCAGCAGAGGUACCCACAGGUAUCUGCUUAAACCGUGGUGUCCUCUGUUACUCCACGACCACCAUCUUGACCCCUAACCUCUCCCAGGUCUGAGGAGGCGCAGGAGGAGCUGCAGGAGUUCCAGCAGAUGAGCCGUGACUACGAGGUGGAACUGGAGAUGGAACUCAAGCAGUGUGAGACACGGAACCAAGAACUCCUCACACAGAACAACAGGUUACACGUGGAACUGGAGAACUACAAGGUAUGAACCGUUGACUUGACUCUAGUCUAGAGAAGCGUUUUUUCCAACCUCUACUCGGUUGGAACCAGCCGUUCCAUCUAUUUGAACUAUUCCAGAACUAGCACACCUGGUUCAACUUAUCAUCAAGCCCUUAAUAAUAAUAAUAAUAAUAAUAAUAAUAAUAAUGUAUUACAUUUGUAAAGCUCUUUUCAUAAUACAGAAUAAUCUUUAAGUGCAUAAAAUGGAAAUGAAAUAGAACAAAGAUGACACGACAACUGACACCAAGAACCCAGCUGAUGCUACAAGGGACAAGGACACCAAGGAGCACAGAUAGUAACAGAAAGCCUUCGUAAAGACAAAGGUCUUUAGGCCUGUUUUAAAGGAGCCCAGAGUCUGUGGUGCCUUCAGGUGGUCCAGGAGGGCGUUCCAGAUGUUGUGUCACGCAUUGGUGAGGUGUGUUAUUGGUGCGUCCUGGACCUGGUGGGGGGUCCCAACAAGUAGGGCCUCGGUUUUGCUGCUGUUCAGUUGAAGGAAGUUUUGCUUCCACCAUGCCCUUAUCUCCGUAAGGCAGGUGUUCAGACGGGCACAUCCAUCAGAGAGACUUUGGGCUGUUUUUACCUACAGCUGGGUGUCAUCAGCAUAGUAGUGGAAGAAGAUUCCAUGCCGGGGGAGAGCAUGUACUGGACGAGCAGAAUUGGUCCAAGAACAGAUCCUUGUGGGACACCGCAGGUGACUUGGUGAGUCCGGGACCUGGACCCACCUAGCGACACAUGCUCAGUCCUGUCUGAGAGGUAGGAGUGGAACCAGCUCAGAGCUGGUCCAGACAGUCCGAUGCUGUCCCGGAGGUGUUCCAGGAGGAUGGGGUGGUUGACAGUGUCAAAAGCUGCGCUCAAGUCCAGGAGGAUCCAGAGACGGGGAGUUUACAUCAGCCGCCAUUAGCAGGUUGUUGGUGACCCUGAGUAGGGUCGUUUCAGUGCUGUGGGCCGGCCGGAAACAUGACCGGAACUUCUCAAAUGGGUUGUUCUCAUUGAGAUGGUCCUGGAGCUGUACAGCAACCAAUUUUUCCAACACCUUGGAAAGGUAGGGGAGGGUGGAUAUUGGCCUGUAUUUGGCAAGCACUUCUGGGUCCACGGUGGGCUUCUUCAGAAGGGGGGGGGCUGAUGACAGCAGUCUUAAAUGCAGGUGAGACACUGCCAGAUUGUUAUCCACUCCCUCCAAUCUGGGUUAUCAGGGGGCUGAGUGCAGGGAUGCAUGUUUUGAACAGGGCUGUUGGAAUAGGAUCCCAGGUACAGGAGGAGGUAGUUUUCUCAAUACCUCCCUGGGUGACUUCAAGGAAGCAGUAGAAAGGCUGAGGUGGAGGGUCGAAGGCGGCAGAAGACAGAGUAGUAGAUCUUUAGAUGAGAGAUCUGAUGUUGCUGACCUUACUGUUAAAAAAAAGUGAAUGAAGCUCUUACACUGCUCUUCCGUUGUCUCGAUCUGGGACUGGGGGUUUCAAAAGUUGGUUUAUUGUGGAAAACCGGUGCUUUGCGUUUCCAGGAUUUGUAUUGAUGAGGUUGGAGUAGAACGUCGGCCGUGCCUCUUUCAGGGCCUUGGAAUAGGCCAUUUGGUGCUCUUGAAAGGCCAGUUUGUGGACGGUGAGCCCCAAGUUUCUGAGAUCAGGAUGCGUCCAGUGGAUUUUGUGUUUUUCAGUUCUGGAGUAAACCAGGGAGCUGAGUUAGUGAAUGUGACAUCCCAUGUUUUUAUGGGGGCAUGCAGGUGAUUUUUACGGCGAGACAUUCAAAAUAGCACAGUUCAGGCAGUGGCAGGAGGGAGUUCAGCUUGGUGUACGAUGGCUAUGCCACCGCUGCGGCCAGUGCUGCAGGCUUUUUCCAUGUACCUGUAACCAGGUGGGCAGGCUUUAUUUAGGGCUAAGUAGACCCCAGGCUGAUGCCAGGUUUCAGUUAGACACAUGAUGUCAAGCUUCUUGUCCACUAUGUGGUUGUGCAGCAGGAGGGAUUUAUUAGUGAGAGACUGGGCAUAAAAUAGUUCCAUGCUGAUAGGCUGGGCAUGAAAUAGUUCCAUGCUGAUAGGCUGACCAUUAAAUAGUUCCAUGCUGAUAGGCUGACCAGGAAAUAGUUCCAUGCUGAUAGGUUGGGCAUGAAAUAGUUCCAUGAUGAUAGGCUGGGCAUGAAAUAGUUCCAUGCUGAUAGGCUGGGCAUGAAAUAGUUCCAUGCUGAUAGGCUGGGCAUGAAAUAGUUCCAUGCUGAUAGGCUGGGCAUGAAAUAGUUCCAUGCUGAUAGGUUGGCCAUGAAAUAGUUCCAUGCUGAUAGGUUGGCCAUGAAAUAGUUCCAUGCUGAUAGGUUGGCCAUGAAGUAGUUCCAUGCUCAUAGGUUGGGCAUGAAAUAGUUCCAUGCUGAUAGGUUGGGCAUGAAAUAGUUCCAUGCUGAUAGGCUGACCAUUAAAUAGUUCCAUGCUGAUAGGCUGACCAUUAAAUAGUUCCAUGCUGAUAGGCUGACCAUUAAAUAGUUCCAUGCUGAUAGGUUGGGCAUGAAAUAGUUCCAUGCUGAUAGGUUGGGCAUUAAAUAGUUCCAUGCUGAUAGGCUGACCAUUAAAUAGUUCCAUGCUGAUAGGCUGACCAUUAAAUAGUUCCAUGCUGAUAGGUUGGGCAUUAAAUAGUUCCAUGCUGAUAGGUUGGGCAUUAAAUAGUUCCAUGCUGAUAGGCUGACCAUUAAAUAGUUCCAUGCUGAUAGGUUGGGCAUUAAAUAGUUCCAUGCUGAUAGGCUGACCAUUAAAUAGUUCCAUGCUGAUAGGUUGGGCAUUAAAUAGUUCCAUACUGAUAGGUUGGGCAUUAAAUAGUUCCAUGCUGAUAGGCUGACCAUUAAAUAGUUCCAUGCUGAUAGGCUGACCAUUAAAUAGUUCCAUGCUGAUAGGCUGACCAUUAAAUAGUUCCAUGCUGAUAGGUUGGGCAUUAAAUAGUUCCAUGCUGAUAGGUUGGGCAUUAAAUAGUUCCAUGCUGAUAGGCUGACCAUUAAAUAGUUCCAUGCUGAUAGGCUGACCAUUAAAUAGUUCCAUGCUGAUAGGCUGACCAUUAAAUAGUUCCAUGCUGAUAGGCUGACCAUGAAAUAGUUCCAUGCUGAUAGGCUGGGCAUGAAAUAGUUCCAUGCUGAUAGGCUGACCAUUAAAUAGUUCCAUGCUGAUAGGCUGACCAUUAAAUAGUUCCAUGCUGAUAGGCUGACCAUUAAAUAGUUCCAUGCUGAUAGGCUGACCAUUAAAUAGUUCCAUGCUGAUAGGUUGGGCAUUAAAUAGUUCCAUGCUGAUAGGCUGACCAUUAAAUAGUUCCAUGCUGAUAGGCUGACCAUUAAAUAGUUCCAUGCUGAUAGGCUGACCAUUAAAUAGUUCCAUGCUGAUAGGCUGACCAUGAAAUAGUUCCAUGCUGAUAGGUUGGCCAUGAAAUAGUUCCAUGCUGAUAGGUUGGCCAUGAAAUAGUUCCAUGCUGAUAGGUUGGCCAUGAAAUAGUUCCAUGCUGAUAGGUUGGGCAUGAAAUAGUUCCAUGCUGAUAGGUUGGGCAUGAAAUAGUUCCAUGCUGAUAGGCUGGGCAUGAAAUAGUUCCAUGCUGAUAGGCUGACCAUGAAAUAGUUCCAUGCUGAUAGGCUGACCAUGAAAUAGUUCCAUGCUGAUAGGCUGACCAUUAAAUAGUUCCAUGCUGAUAGGCUGACCAUUAAAUAGUUCCAUGCUGAUAGGCUGACCAUUAAAUAGUUCCAUGCUGAUAGGCUGACCAUUAAAUAGUUCCAUGCUGAUAGGCUGACCAUGAAAUAGUUCCAUGCUGAUAGGCUGGGCAUGAAAUAGUUCCAUGCUGAUAGGCUGACCAUUAAAUAGUUCCAUGCUGAUAGGCUGACCAUUAAAUAGUUCCAUGCUGAUAGGCUGACCAUUAAAUAGUUCCAUGCUGAUAGGCUGACCAUUAAAUAGUUCCAUGCUGAUAGGCUGACCAUUAAAUAGUUCCAUGCUGAUAGACAAGAGAGCUGUAUAUUAAAUAGGAGUUGCAUCAAGUCUCUGUAGAGGGCACUAAAUCAAGUAUCAGAGGUCUCAGAGCACUGAAAUCCACUCCGAUUUGCCUUGUGUGCAGAGGUCUCGCUGUGUUUCCAACUGCCUGAGGAGCAGCCAGCAAACCUGGCCAGUGUCUUUUAUCAUCCAACCCCGGUGGGCAUGUUGUACUGCUCUCAUUGGGAGUGCACACAAAAUACUUUAUUUUGUUUAAUAGUCUCCUACUCCCUCGUUGUCCUCGCCAGCUGCAUGUUUUCCGUAGGAUCCCAUAUUGAAUAAAGCUGUUCUUGAGCUCCUCACAACAGGGUGGUUUAAUCCUUUCAAAACUUCUGAGGACUCUUUCUGCGUUGUGAAUGAGGGUUGCUGCCAUUUCUGAAUCUUUGAUCCAGCCUUUGGUCAGGUGAUGGGAGAAGAUGAGGAUGAUAUGAGGGUCUAUGAAGAUUUGGGCUGCUUUUCAAAUCCAAACAAAUAGAUUGGAGAAGUUGUCAGAAAUGUUAACUAACUUAAUUUUGUUGGUAAAAAAUAAAUAGAUACAGUGGGGGAAAAAAAGUAUUUAGUCAGCCACCAAUUGUGCAAGUUCUCCCACUUAAAAAGAUGAGAGGCCUGUAAUUUUCAUCAUAGGUACACGUCAACUAUGACAGACAAAUUGAGAAUUUCUUUCUCCAGAAAAUCACAUUGUAGGAUUUUUAAUGAAUUUAUUUGCACAUUUUUGUGGAAAAUAAGUAUUUGGUCACCUACAAACAAGCAAGAUUUCUGGCUCUCACAGACCUGUAACUUCUUCUUUAAGAGGCUCCUCUGUCCUCCACUCGUUACCUGUAUUAAUGGCACCUGUUUGAACUUAUCAGUAUAAAAGACACCUGUCCACAACCUCAAACAGUCACACUCCAAACUCCACUAUGGCCAAGACCAAAGAGCUGUCAAAGGACAGCUGAAACAAAAUUGUAGACCUGCACCAGGCUGAGAAGACUGAAUCUGCAAUAGGUAAGCAGCUUGGUUUGAAGAAAUCAACUGUGGGAGCAAUUAUUAGGAAAUGGAAGACAUACAAGACCACUGAUAAUCUCCCUCGAUCUGGGGCUCCACGCAAGAUCUCACCCCGUGGGGUCAAAAUGAUCACAAGAACGAUGAGCAAAAAUCCCAGAACCACACGGGGGGACCUAGUGAAUGACCUGCAGAGAGCUGGGACCAAAGUAACAAAGCCUACCAUCAGUAACACACUACGCCGCCAGGGACUCAAAUCCUGCAGUGCCAGACGUGUCCCCCUGCUUAAGCCAGUACAUGUCCAGGCCCGUCUGAAGUUUGCUAGAGUGCAUUUGGAUGAUCCAGAAGAGGAUUGGGAGAAUGUCAUAUGGUCAGAUGAAACCAAAAUAUAACUUUUUGGUAAAAACUCAACUCGUCGUGUUUGGAGGACAAAGAAUGCUGAGUUGCAUCCAAAGAACACCAUACCUACUGUGAAGCAUGGGGGUGGAAACAUCAUGCUUUGGGGCUGUUUUUCUGCAAAGGGACCAGGACGACUGAUCCGUGUAAAGGAAAGAAUGAAUGGGGCCAUGUAUCGUGAGAUUUUGAGUGAAAACCACCUUCCAUCAGCAAGGGCAUUGAAGAUGAAACGUGGCUGGGUCUUUCAGCAUGACAAUGAUCCCAAACACACCGCCCGGGCAACGAAGGAGUGGCUUCGUAAGAAGCAUUCCAAAACAUCACUGCUCUAGAGGAGAUCUGCAUGGAGGAAUGGGCCAAAAUACCAGCAACAGUGUGUGAAAACCUUGUGAAGACUUACAGAAAACAUUUGACCUGUGUCAUUGCCAACAAAGGGUAUAUAACAAAGUAUUGAGAAACUUUUGUUAUUGACCAAAUACUUAUUUUCCACCAUAAUUUGCAAAUAAAUUCAUAAAAAAUCCUACAAUGUGAUUUUCUGGAGAAAAAAAAUCUCAUUUUGUCUGUCAUAGUUGACGUGUACCUAUGAUGAAAAUUACAGGCCUCUCAUCUUUUUAAGUGGGAGAACUUGCACAAUUGGUGGCUGACUAAAUACUUUUUUCCCCCACUGUAUCUGUGUUCAAUACUUGAUUAGCUAUCAAUAAAUCAAAGUUAAUAAAAACAAUGCACAUAAACACUUUUUAUUAAUGUAUUAUUAAUUUAUGAAGUAUACAUUUGCAGGACUACUACCAAGGCUGCCGCAAGGCUCCAUGGCAACCAUGGAAUCUUCAAGCCCUUGACUACAUGAAUCAGGUCGUAGUUCAGGGUUAUAACAAAAUUUGAAAUGUCUCGGGGUCCCAGAGGAGAUGUUUGAAAAAGGCUGGUCUAGACUCCAGAGAACCUUGCAGAACAGUGGAGAACUAGAGGGUUCUCUGAAGCUGAGAAUGUAAAGUAUGGAUCCUGAGAACUCCAAGCUAUAGAACAGAUAUGAUAGCGUAACAGUCUAGAAUGUGAUGGAACUGUCUUAGAACAUCUAAGGCAACAACACGGUUCAGAACAGAACAACAGUUAGGUUAAACAACCCCCUUGAAGAAACUGGAUAGGUGGAAACAAAAUGGCGGAUGCUCCCUGAAGCCACACUGUAAGGUCGCAGGUGGAGCAAUCAUCACUAUCUCCUUACACCUAUCCCAUACUUCAGAUCUGCCAUAUUGUAGAAUGUGUUUAUUAGAUAAUUAAUGGCAUUCCUUCAGGCCCUGCGGUAGACUAGCGUCCUGUCCAGGGGGUGUACUUGUACUCCCACUACAGAAACAGGUGGUUCCUGCUCUAUGGGCCAUUCUGGCUGGGACAAGGCUACUUAACUUCAUUUUACUUCAGACGCUGCAAAACAACGACUGGCAAGAAGCUUUGAGUUGUUUUCAGACCAGACAUAAAUGUACUAGCUACUUUGAUCACAUGCAGCACCAUAUCUUCUAACCAUAAUGAAUGCAUCUGUUGAGGCUUAGUGAGUUUCCUCUGACAGAGCUGUUGUAAAACACGGGCUCAUUCAGUAGGGAGCUACGUUUUUGGAAUAUUCAGGUCGUAAUACGCUAUAUAGAACAAAACAUUGCCUUGUGACGACUAGGGAAUCACAUCUGCAACGUUCGACAACGUUUGGCUACUAAACGUGGCCCAGGUCUGUCUGAUGGAAAGCCUGCAGUUGUAUUUGAAUGGGUAUUUUCCUAUCAGCCGGCUGCCUGUUUGGGCCAGUGGUUAUGAGCCUGCUAUCCCUGAGGAGAAUAGGGCGGGCUAGAAUAGGGUGCUGCUGGUCUAAAGGGCUCUCCGUGGGACAGUAGUGUCUGUGUCUGUCUGUCUGUCUGUGUCUGUCUGUGUGUGAUGACUGAGCGACUGUAUUCAUCGCUAGAGGAGAGCUCUCCAGACCUCCCGGGUCAGAGAGAAGAUUUAGCAAUUUUAUAACUCAUUUCAUGUAAUUCUACUCAUUUUUUCCAGGAGGCAGAGAGAACAAUUUGGUCGUUUUUCAGCUAAUUUCUUGCAAUGCUAUACAUUUUGCCAUAGGGUGGAGAGAAAUGUUAGCAGUUUUUAAUAUGAUAUCUGAGUGAGUGACUUAACAAAAUCAAUGGGGGCCACCCGGUCGGUAAUUCGACCAUGAUUACUACAAGUUUCGAUAGGUGGUCGCUAGACUAACUUACAAUCUAAAUUUUUUUUAGCUGACAUGGGUUAAUUGAGUGAUUGUCAGUAGCUAGGUUUCCAUCCAAUUGGCGACAGAUUUUCAUGCUAAUAUUCUAAAAUCUGCAUAAGGAAAAUAUGCGAAUGCGUGAUGACAUUGUGCACACAAAAUGUACUGUUUCGACUUAAGUUUUCAUGUACCGAAUUAAUAAAUUUUACCGACACAAAAGAUCCCACCUAGUCGAACUAACAAAUGAUGUCUGCAUUUACAUUUUGUUACUGAAACUUCCUCUUUCCAUCACUUCCUCUUUCUGUCAUGACUUUACUCACAACUGGAUGGAAAUGUGGUUUGUGCAUGCCUGGCUGUGCUUGAGGUGAUGUUACUUUGGAACCGCUGACGAUGUCUGACACUCACUUCCUGAUGGAUGUACUUCCUGUGACACGUUUCCAACAGUUGAGUCAGACAGGAAGUUACAAAAGCUAUAGCAUCCUGUCUAUAUCUAUUACCAAACCUAAGCUGUGUCUGAAAAAGUUACUAGUUGUCAAAUUCUUGUUUCCUCAAUUCCUCUCAAAGCUCAUUAGAGGAGGAGGUCUUAGGGAGGGACCUCGGAUCCCCUCCUCCAAUGAGCUUUGAGAGGAAUUGAGGAACCAAGGAUGGAGGAAGCAAGGAUUUGACUCUGCAGGCCCAUUAGACUGAUAUGGCUACUGGUUAACAUGAGUAUUUGCAUGCAGAGAUAAUUGAGAUGGAGCAGACAGUUAAGUGAGCUAGUCUUGUCAUCAGGUCAUUUCCCUAACAAACUGUCAGGUCAAGUCUGAACUGCUGCCUGCUAGCUAUCUUUGCUGGGAACACUUAACUGUAGAUUUUAUAUACCGUGUGUAACUGAAGAGAAAUGCUGUGUUGUGUUGAUGAAUAUGGCCUAAUUAACCGUCUGCUGGAUUCAUACAGUCAAUCACAUUUAUUUAUAAAGACAGUGAGUUUGUCCGGGGCUACAUAACAAAUGUGUGCUGUUGGGGUACUGGAGGAGUUGAGAAACUUGGGGUACUGGAGGAGUUGAGAAACACUGUUGGGGGUACUGGAGGAGUUGAGAAACACUGUUGGGGUACUGGAGGAGUUGAGAAACACUGUUGGGGGUACUGGAGGAGUUGAGAAACACUGUUGGGGUACUGGAGGAGUUGAGAAACACUGUUGGGGGUACUGGAGGAGUUGAGAAACACUGUUGGGGGUACUGGAGGAGUUGAGAAACACUGUUGGGGGUACUGGAGGAGUUUGAGAAACACUGUUGGGGUACUGGAGGAGUUGAGAAACACUGUUGGGGGUACUGGAGGAGUUGAGAAAACACUGUUGGGGGUACUGGAGGAGUUGAGAAACACUGUUGGGGUACUGGAGGAGUUGAGAAACACUGGUUGGGGUACUGGAGGAGUUGAGAAACACUGUUGGGGUACUGGAGGAGUUGAGAAACACUGUUGGGGGUACUGGAGGAGUUGAGAAACACUGUUGGGGGUACUGGAGGAGUUGAGAAACACUGUUGGGGGUACUGGAGGAGUUGAGAAACACUGUUGGGGGUACUGGAGGAGUUGAGAAACACUGUUUGGGGGUACUGGAGGAGUUGAGAAACACUGUUGGGGUACUGGAGGAGUUGAGAAACACUGUUGGGGGUACUGGAGGAGUUGAGAAACACUGUUGGGGGUACUGGAGGAGUUGAGAAACACUGUUGGGGUACUGGAGGAGUUUAGUGUACUACUGUUGACCAUUUCUCCCCACUAUCCCUUCCAGGAGAAGUAUGAAACGCAGCACUCGGAGGCGUACCGUCAGAUCUCUACUCUGGAAGGAGACCUGGCUGAGACCACGGCCAUCAGAGACCAGCUCCAUAAAUACAUCAGAGAGCUGGAGCAGGCUAAUGAUGACCUGGAGAGAGCCAAGAGGUAGGAGAGGGGUUGUAGGGGUGUAACUGGAGCAGGCUAAUGAUGACCUGGAGAGACCCCUACAUCAUAAGCACCUCUCUGUUUCUCUCUGUUUCUCUCUGUUUCUCUCUGUUUGUCUCUGUUUGUCUCUGUGCUCCUAGACCAUCUCACUGGCAUGAUUCUUACAUGAAGAAUAGAGAAUGGUUCUUAAUGAUGGAUCCUAACAUGACCUAACUCUACCUAUUCCUCCUCCUCUCUCUCCUCCCUCCUCUCUCCUCCCUCCUCCCUCUCUCCCUCCCUCCUCCCUCCUCCAUCAGGGCUACCAUCAUGUCUCUGGAGGACUUUGAACAGAGGAUGAACCAUGUGAUAGAGAGGAAUGCCUUCCUGGAGAGUGAGCUGGACGAGAAGGAGAGCCUACUGGAGUCAGUUCAGAGACUGAAGGAUGAAGCCAGAGGUGUGUCUCGGUGUGGGUCUUGUGCUGCAGGCUGAGACAUCAGGCUGGGACAGUGUUUGUGUGUGUGGUGGUAUGAAUGAAGGGCUCUGUUCUUCUGGUUAACUGGUGGUCCUGGUUAACUGGUGGUUCUGGUUAACUGGCGGUCCUGGGGUUCUGGUUAACUGGUGGUUCUGGUUAACUGGCGGUCCUGGGGUUCUGGUUAACUGGCGGUCCUGUGGUUCUGGUUAACUGGCGGUCCUGUGGUUCUGGUUAACUGGCGGUCCUGGGGUUCUGGUUAACUGGCGGUCCUGUUCUUCUGGUUAACUGGUGUUUCUGGUUAACUGGUGGUUCUGGUUAACUGGUGGUUCUGGUUAACUGGCGGUCCUGUGGUUCUGGUUAACUGGCGGUCCUGUGGUUCUGGUUAACUGGCUGUCCUGUUCUGGUUAACUGGCGGUCCUGUGUGUGUGUGUGUGUGUUGCGUGGGCUUGAUGUGAUGUUCUCCUGUUUGUCUCUGGCUAUCUACUGUUUGUCCCCCCUCUCUGUCCACUCUCUGUCCCCUCUCUCCCCUCUCUGUCCCCCUCUCUCACCCCUCUCUCUCUCCCCCCUCUCUGUCCCCUCUCUCUCUCCCCUCUCUGUCCUCUCUCUCCCCCCUCUGUCCCCUCUCCCCCUCUCUCCCCCCCUCUCUCUCCCCCUCUCCCCCCUCUCCCCCCUCUCUCCCCUCUCUCCCCCCCUCUCUCUCCCCUCUCUGUCCCCUCUCUCUGUCCCCUCUCUCUCCCCCCUCUCCCCUCUCUCCCCCCUCUGUCCCCUCUGUCCCCUCUCCCCUCUCUCUCCCCUCUCCCCCCCUCUCUCCCCUCUCCCCCUCUCUCCCCCCUCUGUCCCCUCUCCCCCCCUCUCUCCUCUCUCCCCCCUCUCUCCCCUCUCCCCCCCUCUCUCCCCUCUCUGUCCCCUCUCUCUGUCCCCUCUCUCUCCCCCCUCUCUCCCCUCUCUCCCCUCUGUCCCCUCUCUCCCCUCUCCGUCCCCUCUCUGUCCCCUCUCUGUCCCCUCUCUCCCCCCCCCUCUCUCCCCUCUGUCCCCUCUCUCCCCCUCUCUCUCUCUCCCCCCCUCUCUAUCCCCUCUCUGUCCUCUCUGUCCUCUCUCUCCUCUCCUCUCUCUCCCCUCUCUCCCCCCUCUCUCCCCCCUCUCCCCUCUCCCCCCCCCCCCUCUGUCCCCUCUGUCCCCCUCUGUCCCCUCUGUCCCCUCUGUCCCCUCUGUCCCCUCUGUCCCCUCUGUCCCCCUCUGUCCCCUCUGUCCUCUCUGUCCCCUCUCUCUCCCCUCUCUCCCCCUCUGUCCCCUCUCUCUCCCCCCCUCUCUCCCCUCUCUCCCCUCUGUCCCCUCUCUCCCCUCUGUCCUCUCUCCCCUCUCUCCCCUCUCUCCCCCUCUCCCCCCCCCUCUCUGUCCCCUCUCUGUCCCCUCUCUGUCCCCUCUCUGUCCCCUCUCUCUCCCCUCUGUUCCCCUCUCUCUCCCCCCCUCUCUCCCCUCUCUCCCCCUCUGUCCCCUCUCUCCCCUCUGUCCUCUCUCCCCUCUCUGUCCCCUCUCUGUCCCCUCUCUGUCCCCUCUCUGUCCCCCUCUCUCUCCCCUCUCUCCCCCUCUCCCCCCUCUCUCUCCCCUCUGUCCCCCCUCUCUCCCCUCUGUCCCCUCUCUCCCCUCCCCCCCCCUCUCUCCCCCCUCUCUGUCCCCUCUCUUUCCCCUCUCUCUCUCCCCCCCUCUCUUUCCCCUCUCUCUCUCCCCUCUCUGUCCUCUCUCCUCGUCCCCUCUCUUCCCUCCCCUCUCCCCUCUCUCCCCUCUGCUCCCUCUCUCCCCUCUUCCCCCCCCUCUCUCCCUCUCCUCUGUCCCCUCUCUCCCCUCUCUCCCCCCCUCUCUCCCCCCUCUUUUUCCCCCCUCUCUCUCUCCCCCCUCUCGUCCUCUCUCUCCCCCCUCUUUCCCCUCCCUCUCUCCCCCCUCCCCCCCUUCCCCCCCCCCCCUCUCUCCCCUCUCCCCUCUCCCCCCUUUUUCCCCUCCCCUCCCCCCCCCCUCUCCCCCCCCCUCUGCCCCCCUCUCUCCUCUCUUCCCCCCCCCUUCCCCCCUCUCCUCUUCUCCCCUCUCCCCUCUCCCCCCCCCUCCCCCGGGCCCCCCCUCCCCCUUCCCCUCUUCCCCCCCCCUUCCCCUCCUCUCCCCCCCUCCCCCCCUCUCCCCUCUCUCCCCCCUUUUUCCUCCCCCCCCUCCCCUCCCCUUCUCCCCUUCCCCCCCCCUCUCUCCCCUUUUCCUCCCCCCCUUUUCCCCCCUCUCCCUCCCCCUCUCCCCUCUCUCCCCUUCUCCCCCCACCCUUCCCCUUCCCCUCCCCCUCUCUCCCCUCUCCCCCCCUCUCUCUCCUCUCUCCCCUUUUCCCCUCUCCCCCCCCCCCCCCCCCUCUCUCCUCUCUCCCCCCCCCCUCUCGCCCCCCUUCCCCUCCCCUCCCCCUCUCUCCCCCCUGCCCCUUUUUUCCCCUCUCUCCCCUCUCUUCUCCCCCCCCUUUUUCCCCCUCUCUCCCCCCUCUCUCCCUCUCUUUCCCCUUUCCCCUUUCUCCCCCUCUCUCCCCUCUCUCUCCCCCCCCUCUUUUCCCCUCUCCUCCCCUCUCUCCCCCCCUUUUUAAAACCCCCCUCUCCCCUCCCCCCUCUCCCCCCUCCCCCCUUCUUGUUCCCCCUCUCCCCCCUCUCUCUGUUAAAGAGGUUAAACCUCUUUUUUUGCUGGUGUAGUGGCAAAUAGGGAGUUUGUGCUCGGGUUGAGCACAGAAGAUGGACUGUUCCUCAGUUUACUGCUCUUUAAUCUUGCUUGCAGGUUUAACAAAGUUCACACUUCUGUGCCAUUGUUAAGCUGUAAUUAGCCAAUGUUGUGUGUCCAUAAACUGUGGUCUGAAAUGAUAAACAUGAAAUCUAUUGGUAUCAAUAUUAUGUGUUGAUAGGUUAUGAUAAGGGACAUAUUAAUUAGCAAUAAUAAACCAGAUUAAGUUGUCUUCUGCUGUAAAAAUACGACGACAUGAAUAACAUACAGCUGGCGGGUUAUACACUGUAUCGGCAGGAUAGAACAGCAGCCUCUGGUAAAACAAGGGUUGGCGGUCUAUGCAUAUUUGUAAACAACAGCUGGUGCACGAUAUCUAAGGAAGUCUCGAGGUUUUGCUCGCCUGAGGUAGAGUAUCUCAUGAUAAGCUGUAGACCACACUAUCUACCAAGAGAGUUUUCAUCUAUAUUCUUCGUAGCUGUCUAUUUACCACCACAAACCGAUGCUGGCACUAAGACCACACUCAAUGAGCUGUAUAAGGCCAUAAGCAAACAGGAAAACGCUCAUAGUGGCCGGGGACUUUAAUGCAGGGAAACUUAAAUCUGUUCUACCUAAUUUCUACCAGCAUGUUAAUUGUGCAACUAGAGGGAAAAAACUCUAGACCACCUUUACUCCACACACAGAGACCCGUACAAAGCUCUCCAUAGCCCUCCAUUUGGCAAAUCUGACCAUAAUUCUACCCUCCUGAUUCCUGCUUACAAGCAAAAACCAAAGCAGGAAGCACCAGUGAAUCGGUCAAUAAAAAAGUGGUCAGAUGAAGCAGAUGCUAAGCUACAGGACUGUUUUGCUACCACAGACUGGAAUAUGUUCCGGGAUUCUUCCGAUGGCAUUGAGGAGUGCACCACAUUAGUCACUGGCUUCAUCAAUAAGUGCAUCGACGACGUCGUCCCCACAGUGACUGUACGUACAUACCCCAACCAGAAGCCAUGGAUUACAGGCAACAUCCACACUGAGCUAAAGGGUAGAACUGCUGCUUUCAAGAAGCGGGACUCUAACCCGGAAGUUUAUAAGAAAUCCCGCUAUGCCCUCCGACGAACCAUUAAACAGGCAAAGCGUCAAUACAGGACUAAGAUUGAAUUGUACUAUACCGGCUCUGACGCUCGUCGGAUGUGGCAGGGCUUGAAAACUAUUACAGACUACAAAGGGAAGCACAGCCGUGAGCUGCCCAGUGACACAAGCCUACCAGACGAGCUAAAUUACUUCAAUGCUCGCUUCGAGGCAAGUAACACUGAAAGAUGCAUGAGAGCAUCAGCUGUUCCGGACGACUGUGUGAUCACGCUCUCCGUAGCCGAUGUGAUUAAGACCUUUAAACAGGUCAACAUUCACAAGGCCACAGGGCCAGACAGAUUACCAGGACGUGUACUCCGAGCAUGCGCUGACCAACUGGCAAGUGUCUUCACUGACAUUUUCAACCUGUCCCUGACUGAGUCUGUAAUACCAACAUGUUUCAAGCAGACCACUAUAGUCCCUGUGCCCAAGAACACUAAGGUAACCUGGCUAAUUGACUACCGACCCGUAGCGCUCACGUCUGUAGCCAUGAAGUGCUUUGAAAGGCUGGUCAUGGCUCACAUCAACACCAUUAUCCCAGAAACCCUAGACUCACUCCAAUUUGCAUAUCGCCUCAACAGAUCCACAGAUGAUGCAAUCUCUAUUGCACUCCACACUGCCCUUUCACACCUGGACAAAAGGAACACCUAUGUGAGAAUGCUAUUCAUUGACUACAGCUCAGCGUUCAACACCAUAGGGCCCUCAAAGCUCAUCACCAAGCUAAGGACCCUGGGACUAAAUACCUCCCUCUGCAACUGGAUCCUGGACUUCCAGAUCCAGGUGGUAAGGGUAGGUAACAACACAUCUGCCACGCUGAUCCUCAAUACGGGGGCCCCUCAAGGGUGCGUGCUCAGUCCCCUCCUGUACUCCCUGUUCACUCAUUACUGCAUGGCCAGGCACGACUCCAACACCAUCAUUUAAGUUUGCAGAUGACACAACAGUGGUAGGCCUGAUCACCGACAACGAUGAGACAGCCUAUAGGGAGGUGGUCAGAGACCUGGCAGGGUGGUGCCAGGACAACAACCUCUCCCUCAACGUGAUCAAGACAAAGGAGAUGAUUUGUAGACUACAGGAAAAAGAAGAGGACCGAGCGCGCCCCCAUUCUCAUCGUGGAGCAGGUUGAGAGCUUCAGGUUCCUUGGUGUCCACAUCACCAACAAACUAAUGUGGUCCAAGCACACCAAGACAGUCGUGAAGAGGGCACGACAAAACCUAUUCCCCCUGAAAAGAUUUGGCAUGGGUCCUCAGAUCCUCAAAAGGUUCUACAGCUGCACCAUCGAGAGCAUCCUGACUGGUUGCAUCACGGCCUGGUAUGGCAACUGCUUGGCCUCCGACCGCAAGGCACUACAGAGGGUAGUGCGUACGGCCCAGUACAUCACUGGGGCCAAGCUUCCUGCCAUCCAGGACCUCUAUACCAGGCGGUGUCAGAGGAAGGCCCUAAAAAUGGUCAAUGACUCCAGCCGCCACCCUAGUCAUAGACUGUUCUCUCUGCUACCGCACGGCAAGCGGUACCGGAGCGCCAAGUCUAGGUCCAAGAGGCAUCACACACAGUGAAGGAUUAACAGCUAGAAAUAAUCAUGUUACAAACCGGAGAUUCCUCUCCACAGGCGCAAGCUGAACUUGGGAAUGAAUGAACACUCAGAGCAGUCCUAGCUAUGACAUCAGUCACUCUUAAAGGGACAGGCUUUCUUACUGUCUCUCUCUGUCUGUCUCUGUGUGUGUCUCUCACUCUCUUUCACUCUGUGUGUGUAUGUCUUAGAUCUAAGACAGGAGUUGGCAGUCCAACAGAAGCAGGAAAGACGACCGUCCUUCACUGUCACCAAAGACUCUCUCUCAGACAAGAUGGAGGAAAAAACAUCCCUCGCUACCUCCCAUUCAUUCACACGCCCCCCCUCAUCCCUCCGUUCCUCCCCUCCUCCUGCUCUCUCCUCCUCAGCUCUCCUCUCCACCCCCCUCCAGACCACCCCACCCCUCAGCAAGCCCCUUCAUCACCCCCCCACCCUCUUACAGCAGAGGUGAGUGCCCCCCCCGUGUGUGUGUGUGUGUUCAUGUGGAAAAUGUCUACUCAUUAAAUUCCCGGAUCACACCAGGAGAUUUUAAACUCUUUAUUUUUUUGUGUUCAGGUGACGGCCAAUCAGGUACUCCUCUCACUGCGUCGGCACGUAUAUCAGCUCUCAACAUCGUAGGAGAACUGCUGAGGAAAGUUGGGGUAAGAUGAUUUAAAGGUCUGAGGUGAUAAAGGUCUUCUAAUUCUAAAACUCAUACACACACAACUACACAAGAAAUAAGCGGUAUAAUGCCAGAGGAAUAUCUUUGGUUUGUCUCUGUGACAUUCAGAAGCUGUGCUACGACCUUCUAAAGUCGAGGGGUCAAAGAAAUUGGACUUUGCUCGGGAAGUAAUCUUUUACAAUGUGACUGUCGCUAUCAAUUGAUCAAAUCACUUUCUGUAAAAGAGUAUGCAUAAUUAAAUUGAGGGUUAAUAUCAAUAAUUAUAAUAAAACUUAAUUGGUAGCGGAAUAACAUUUGGGGGAAAUCAGGUCUAGACUUUUAUUUUCUAAAUUAAUUAUUAUGAUAAUGAAAUAGCCUACCUACGUUUUUUAUGAAACUAUGUAGAAUAGCAGGAAAUGAGCUUCCAAACAACACAAUGUUCCCAAUGAAACCAAAAUCAAGCUGGGGUUGUCUUUUUAUUCAAUAAACAAAUGACAUUAAAAAAGGGGGCCUUGGGGGGAAAGGUUGGGAGCCCCUGCACUAAUACCGCCCUCAUACAGGUAGUGCAGCGGUUGUGUGUGAUUAACAUCUGUUUCCUGUCAGUUGUACAGCUGUAACAGGAAGUUUGCUGACUGUUUUGUUCUCUCUAUUUGACUCUCUGAUCACAACACAUUCAUGUAUAUCACAACACUGUUCUGUCUUCCUCUCUGAUCACGACACAUUCAUGUAUAUCACAACACUGUUCUGUCUUCCUCUCUGAUCACGACACAUUCAUGUAUAUCACAACACUGUUCUGUAUUCCUCUCUGAUCACAACACAUUCAUGUAUAUCACAACACUGUUCUGUGUUCCUCUCUGAUCACAACACAUUCAUGUAUAUCACAACACUGUUCUGUCUUCCUCUCUGAUCACGACACAUUCAUGUAUAUAUCACAACACUGUUCUGUCUUCCUCUCUGAUCACGACACAUUCAUGUAUAUCACAACACUGUUCUGUCUUCCUCUCUGAUCACGACACAUUCAUGUAUAUAUCACAACACUGUUCUGUCUUCCUCUCUGAUCACGACACAUUCAUGUAUAUCACAACACUGUUCUGUCUUCCUCUCUGAUCACGACACAUUCAUGUAUAUCACAACACUGUUCUGUCUUCCUCUCUGACCACCGUAUCACAAACACAUAACAUACCACUGUGUAUCUGCUAUAUGUGUGUAACCCUGCAUCCAUGCCUGUGGUUUCAGAACCUGGAGUCUAAACUAGCAUCCUGUAGGGAGUUUGUCUAUGAACAGUCUCCUGGUCGCAGUACCCUCUCUGGGGGACAGGGGGCGCCACCCAUCCAGAAAGGCACUUCUUCUGACACACCGUCCGCCACCAACGGACUCUACGAGAAAGGGUGAGGGGUCGACUAUAGCAAGCUCUACGACUAGCUCAAUAAUGAUCGCAUCCCCAAAUGGCACCCUGUUCCCUAUAGGUCCUGGUUAAUAGUAGUGCACUAUUGAAUAGGGUGCCAUUUUGGGACUCGAAGCAAUGACUUGACAAGCCAUUUGUAUAGCCUACCUACAACUGAAUCAGGUAAUGUAAACAGACAUUUAAACUGUUAGGGAUCUACAUGCUGAUAUUGAUCCAUGUAGUUUUUAUUACAUUCAACUGGAACCCAACAGCCCAUCACAAGAAAGCCCAUCAGAGAACGAAAUGGACACUGAAGACAAAUACAUUAAAAAAAUAAAAUAAUACAUAAAAAUAUAUUCCGUUAGUCGUGGUGUCAUAGCUUACAACCUAAUGAAUAAAUAUAAAGCUGAUUAGUCGUCUACAUGAUAUUAAUGAGUGAUGAUGAUCCUUAUCCUAACAGAAGUAGUAGUAGUCCCCUGUAGAUCAGUUGGUAGAACAUGGCGUUUGCAACGCCAGGGUUGUGGGUUCGUUUCCCACUGGGGGCCAGUAUGAAAAAUAUAUGCACUCACUAACUGUAAGUCGCUCUGGAUAAGAGCGUCUGCUAAAUUACUAAAAUGUAAAUUUAAGUCAAACCCAAGAACCGAACAACAAGGCCCAUUGGGGUAUGAAAGUCACAAAUUAGUCUGGGACAAAAUGGCUGAGAAUAGUCUGAGUUGAAGUCUGAAACAUUCUGUCAGUUGUAGUGUGCUGUUAAAGUAAUCUGUUUCUGUUGUGUGUUACAGCAUGGUGAAGAGACUAGACUUCGGACCAGGACCCAAAAUUAUUCUGUGA